UAUAGUGAAUGCAGGGUCCGGGGAGACCAGAUAUAGUGAAUGCAGGGUCCUGGGAGACCAGAUAUAAUGAAUGCAAGGUCCGGGGCGACCAGAUAUAGUGAAUGCAGAUUUUGGGGAGACCAGAUAUAGUGAAUGCAGGGUCCGGGGAGACUGGAUAUAGUGAAUGCAGGGUCCUGGGAGACCGGAUAUAGUGAAUGCAGGGUCUGGGGAGACCGGAUAUAGUGAAUGCAGGGGUCUGGGGAGACCGGAUAUAGUGAAUGCAGGGUCCGGGGAGACCGGAUAUAGUGAAUGCAGGGUCCGG